CCUCCCUCCCUCUCUGUCUCACAGGCGCAGCCUGCGCACACGGCGCUUUUCACGGCGGAGACCUGUCCUCCUCAGUCCCCCACACACUCGCUGCCCCUUCGCCUGAUUCCGUCUCCGUGUGUUUUCUCCAUGGCCGCCCGUGGCGUGAUUCGCGUUCAGCAGCGCAAUAGUUAAUGAGUGCCGGAUGCGCCCUCGCUCCAGCAGACCGCUUCAGUACGAAGAUGGCGUCGGAGGGAGCCAGCGGAGAGCAGCCUCCCCCGGUACAAACACUGGCAACCGCCGUGCUGGGAAGUGUCGACGCGAAAUGUGAGUUCAACAUGGAUAACCUGAGCAAGCCAGAGCUUCUCACCCUACUGAGUAUCAUGGAGGGAGAGCUGGAGGCCCGAGACCUGGUCAUAGAGGCCCUGAGGGCUCAGAGGAAGGAGGUGUUUCUCCAAGAGCGAUACGGCCACUACAGCCUGACCGACCCCUUCCUGGCACUUCAGAGGGACUUUGAAUGCGGGGUCUCUGGAGGGGCCGCAGAGCGACGGCCCCUGGGCACCAGCCCCAUAUCUGUCCUGGAGGCCGUCAUGGCGCACUGUAGGAAGAUGCAGGAGCGAAUGUCAGCGCAGCUGGCUUCUGCUGAGGGCCGCCAGAAGAGGUUGGAGAUGGAGAAACUACAGCUUCAGAGUCUGGAGCAGGACCAUCGCAAGCUGACAGCGCAACUGAAGGACGAGCGUGAGAAGAACAAGCACAUUGUCAUGAUGUUAGUGCGAGAGUGCAAGCAGCUUGCCACGCGGGUGGUAGAGGAGUCGCAGAGGUUCGACGAGCUCCAAGCUCGCCUGGACGAGGAGAACCGCACCUCUGGCCGCUUGCAGGACGAGCUGAGCACCGAGCGGCAGCAUAGUCAGCAGAUGGAGGCCAAGAUGGAGAAGCAGCUGUCGGAGUUUGACACAGAACGGGAACAGCUGCGUGCCAGGCUGGGCCGUGAAGAGGCUGAGAGCCAGAGUUUGCGGCAGCAGGUGGAGCAGCUCAGGACUGAACGCAGUGAUAGGAAUGCUGCUAUCGCCCAGUCUGCUGCUGCUGUAGCUGAACUAGCUGCUUCUACCAGUACACCACCCAAACCUAAAACCCUGAAGUCUGUUUCCAUAGCCACAGAGCCCCUCAGCUCUCGAACAGCAUCUUGCCAAACUGACCUGCCCCCAACUGAGGUGGAGGGUCCUAAGAAGACCCCACUCACUAUCCCUGUCAAACCAUCACCUGCCAACUAUGUGGGUCUGAGUCUGCCAAAGACGUCUGGCCGAGGGAUCGUCCACAGCAGCUCAGGAGGACUUGCACAGACAGAAAAUGGCUCUGAGGGCCAAGCUCCCCAUGGUUUACCUACCGGGGUCAGCCCUCGUGUCCAGGCGGCCCGCUACAAGUUCCAGGAACAGGACCAAAAUGGCUCGGCAUCUCAGACUCCUCCAUCCCGUGACCUCUCACCCACCAACCGUGACAACUUUGCGGCCAAGCAGCAAGCUCGUCACACUGUCACACAGGUUCUGUCCCGCUUCACCAGUCCUCCAGCAGGAGGUGGUGGACCACUGCGUCCAGGCCUACCCCACUCUGCCUCAGAGGGAGGUCCUUUUCCUGGCCGCCUGAGCCAUCCAAUCGGUCUUAAAUCACCAACGGUGGCCAGGAUCGACCGGGGAAACCCUCCCCCUAUUCCUCCCAAAAAGCCAGGGCUUUCCCAGACCCCCUCUCCUCCUCAUCCACCCAUCAAGGUGGUGGGGGACAGCAGUCGCUCCCCUGGGGCUGGGCUAAAACCAGCCACACCCCAGCUGCCGCCCAAACCAGCUCUGGACCUGGUCCCAGCCCUGACGGCCUCUCAGGUGGGUGCCUGCCCCCGCUCCCCGGGGCCUGGCCGGGGCCCUCAGCGGCAGCCGGCAGCAGCAUGUGCAGAGUGUCCCCCCAUCAUCAGCCCUGCCAUCACUGUCAGUAGCCCCUCCUCCAUAAACCCCUCCUCCACCUCCUCCUCCGUUAGUGCUCCAUCUUCCCGUAGCCCCCGUGCCUCAGCAAGCAGCCCCCUGGCAACAGCAUCAGGCUGGUGUCCCUCCGUAGUCUCCUCUCUAAGUGGCGGUGGGCCUGCUGCCCUGGACGGCGGGCGCCCCCUGCUCUUCCAAGCUGCUUCCCAGGGAAAUGUCACUUUAUUGUCAAUGCUGCUUAACCAACCAGACCUGACCACCACCACCACAACCACCACCACCACCAACACCACCAACAUCACCUCUAUCACCGCCAUGGAGAACAAACCCAAUCAUCUUGACCAAGACCACCACCUCGACGACAACCACAACCAAACCUCUGCCUUGUUUGCUGCUGCUCAGAACGGACACACAGAGUGUGUGAAGCUGCUGCUGUUUUCGGGAACGCCUGCUGAUGUUACUGAAAAAAAUGGACUCACGUCUUUGCACAUGGCUGCUGCCCACGGCCACAGCAGCUGCGUGGAGGUGCUGCUGUCCGCAGGAGCUGCUGUGGACGCGGCGGCAGCAGAGGGGGGGCAGACCCCCCUCUUUCUGGCCUGUGAGGCGGGACAGCCGGACUGUGUCCGGGUCCUGCUGAGCGCCGGAGCCGACCGCUCACGCACCACAAUGGACGGCUGCACGGCUCUGCAUGCGGUGGUGAGCUCGGGACAUGUGGACACGCUGCGUCUACUUCUCUGCCACCCACCUGUGGGUGACCCCACUGUGACCCCUGACCCCUCUGGCGCCCUGGCGCUGCCCGCUGCUCUUCUGAACCAGGCCAACAGUGACGGCUGGACUGCUGCUCACAUGGCUGCUGCUCUGGGACUCAAGGAGUGUCUGGAAGUUCUGUGCAGCCACAGUGAACAGGACAUCCAGAGGAGAGAUAAGUGUAAUCGAACGAUUCACGACGUGGCCACUGACGACUGCAAAGAUCUACUUGAAAACCUCCACUCGUACCGCGUGCUGGUGCGUCUCCAGUGUUCAGGUGGAGGAGUCGGCUCCAUGUGUCCAGUGGAGGCCCUGGAGGAGGAGGGGAAGUGGGGCAGCAGUGGUCAGCUGGUGCUGUGCAGAGUUUCAGUGGAGCGCUCCACGCUCUGGACUCAGCUGGAGUCCGUCCUCACCCACGCCUUCACCUCCCACCUGCACGUCCUCUGUGGAGAUUCUCAGACGACCAGGGAGGAGGAGCAGCGUGCUCCGCUGGGCCUCGGUCCCACCAGUAUCUCUUCCAUCCUUAUUGGUGACACUGAGUGGUUGCCAGGUCAGGAGCCGCCUUCAUCUCCCUGGGACCUGGUCAGAAAGCCUCUCAGCCAGUGCAUCACCCUCCGCCUCAAAGGUUUGUCUGAGUCGUGUCUGGAUGAGCUGGCCCUGGAAUCUCUCUUCCCUCUGCCACUGCUGCACAACUACGUCCGCCUGGUGGAACAGUAUGGAAACCUCAUCUUUCACGGGCUGGAAGGCAGCUGUCAGGAGUAUGUCGCCGGUCUGGUUGCUCGCUGCAUCAAGUCGAAGCAGGAAGCAGGGGGGCUCGUCUGUGACGUGGUGAGGGUGGAGGUAGAGGAGAGUCUGACCAAACAGCAGCUGCUGGACACGUUCAUCAGCUGUGGCUUCCUGGUGCCAGCAGUGAGUUCGGAGGUCGGGCUGCCGCGCUGCAUGGUCAUACUGCUGGAGGGACUGGAGAAGGCUUCGUCUCUGACGGGUCUGCUGGGAGAUCUCUGUCACAGUCUGGACAACAGGGGCUCCGCUUCACCACUGCUCCUCAACACUGGCCCCCACCAUUUCUGUGAGGGCAGUUUCUUGAUCGCCACAUUGUCGAAGCCCCGCCUGCAGGGAUCAGAGCUCCGCCUCCAGCAGCAUUUCCGCUGGGCGACUCUUCGCUGGGACCAGGAGCCGCUGCACGGCCUGCUGGGAAGACACCUUCGCAGGAAGCUGCUCCUUAAGAUGGGUACCGGCAUUUGGACAGCAGGUGGCGUCAUGGAGCGCACGGUGCUGUGGGUGAGCCAGGUUUGGCAGCAGCUCAACGCCUGUCUGUCUCGCCUGGGCACCCAUGAGGCUCUGCUGGGUCCACAGCUCUUCCUGUCCUGUCCUGUUCUUCCAAACAACACACAGGCGGUGGUGAGGUGGCUGGCGCGGCUGUGGAACGCCGUCGUUGUCCCCCGCGUGGAGGAAGCCAUCAUCUCCCGGGUCACAGCCAAGCGCCCGUCAACCACCACGACCUCACCUUCCUCACAGUCGUCUCCUAGCAACAGUGGGCUGAGUGCCGGGCAGCAGGCUGUGGUAAAAGCUGCGCUCAGCAUCCUGGUCAAUAAGGCCGUUCUCCUGGGCAGCCCUCUGCCUCGACACGAGAUUGACAGGUACCUGUUAGAGUUUAGGGGCGGGACUCUUCCUAUGUCAGCCAUUGGCUCCUAUAAAGGAAGCAGCAGCAGUGGAGGAGGAGGAGGAGGAGGCAGGAGGGGACGAGACAGCGGCAAGUUGAGGCGAUCGAACACCAGCCCGCGGAAGAAGGGAAGCCCCGCCUUAAACUGGAGCUGCAGCUCUACCUUCAGAGAGGGAUCACUGUCCAACACUGACUUCAGCUUCAUCACCAACGGCAAAGUCCAGAGGGAAACUGUGGGUCUGUCUGCUUUCUCUGACGACGAGACGGAUCUGAUCAGAGAACUUCAGACCAUGUGCUCCAGCAAGUCUGAGCCGGACAUCAGCAGGAUGUCUCAAACCAAAGACGACAUGAUCCUGUUCUCCAGCUCUCCCAGUCAAGUAUCACCGGCCCACAACGCCGAGCAGGAAACUGGUGUUCAGCAGGAGCAACCACAGACGACUCUUGUUCGCCAGUCCAGCCACAGCUCUGGCCAGGCAGACGUCCAGAGCGGCAACCGGCGCGCAGGCCCUCGCGCCAAAUCACAGCUGCCCGUCCCGAGCAGCAGGGGACAGACGGCCCGAGCGUCCACAGCUGCUACCAGCACCAGCAGCACCAGCAGCAGCAAUAAUAACAACAGCAGCAGCAGCAGCAGCAGCCCGGUCCGAACCCAGACGCCUCCAACCCGCAGCAGAACCAACAACAGCAGCAGCAGCAGCAGCAGCAGAAUAAAGCAGGUUCCACUCAACAGCAGCAGCAGCAGCAGCAGCAACAACAACUACUACCGCAACAACAUCAACGACAACAACCGAUCACACGAGGACAUCUGGAUCCUCCACAGAGACCUGCAUGAAAACAGCAAGUAGACACACCUUCCUCCUCCUCCUCCUCCUCCUCUUCCUGUGAACCUCCCACCAUGAUGUAAAGACUAGGUACCUGACGACCUUUGACUUUGAGUAUUUGUACAUGUUAGCCGUACUUGUUACACUGUACUACAGUUGUGUACUUGGGGACCAUAGUUUUAUUCUAUUACAGUAUUUGAAGUAUUUGAUCGUGCGGGGGAGGGUUAAAAAAGAAAAGAAAGAAAAGAGGCUUUUGGUUAAAAGGUAGAGGGAGACUGAAGGAAAAGCAGCAGGUUCUUUUAUUGUUGCCUUAUUCCUGUGUAUCAACCUGCAGAUUAUCUUCAGACUGUGUUCAGCAAACGAAACAAAAAAGAAGAGUAUUUGACACAGUAUUGUUGUGUACUGAAAGUAAAAUACUGUAUUUCUCCUCCGGUAUAAGGUCAUUGAAGAUGAAGUGAAAAUACUAAUAGAGUUACUUUCAAAAGAAAACGUUUUUUCCGAUCAAAGAAAGAAACGGGCAGGUUUAUUUGUUUUUGUUUAUUUUUAAUUUUUCUUUCUUUUUGUUGUUUUUUGCUAUUCAGUAUUUUGAGGUAUUCAAGUGUUCUAUCUUUAACUAGUUGCAAGGUUGGUUUAAAUACUGUUAAAAUUAAUCAGGGUUUUACUAAAUAUAUUUGUAAAUAAGAAUUAGUACGUCUAAAUGCUCUAUAGAUUGGUGUACGUGGUCUGACGCUUGUACAGUGACGAAAAAAAACCUUAAUGUAAGAAAGAAGACAAAAAAAAAGGAACAUGUAAAUAGUGUUUGUAAAAUGAGUUUGGUUCUGAAUCCCUCACUUGUUUCAAAGUGAGGGAAAUGUGGCAAUAAGUACUAGAAGUGUAUAAACACAAGAUGUCCUCUGUCAACUGUAAGCCAUAAUAAAUAUUUUAAAUGCC